UGGACACUCUACGUCACGGUCACAAACAAGCCGAGAGCCUUUAGCUGUAGCUUUUUCCGCACAGCGCCGUGAGGAUGACCGGCUCUCUGUAGCCGCCGAUGGAAACGACAACAUUUCCCGGAUUUACGUCUCCAUAAGAGGAUCCAGCGAUGAGUCUGAGAAGCGUAUAAGCGGCGGAGGGGGCGAAUCUCCCUACACCAUAAUAGAUAUAGCUGCUAAGCUAAGCUAAACGAAGCUAGGCUAACGGCGGAGUCUCCUCGGCGCUGUGACCGGGGAAGGAGCUCGGGCGCCGGGCAGAGCGCUGUGUUUACCACCGCUCGAGGACAGAGGCAUCUCUCCAAGUGACGCCGUACCCCGGGAGCGGCCGGUGCCCCAGCCGAAGAGACGGGGAACAGGAUUGGGAAGCAGGGGGGAGCGGCCACCGCAGAGCCCGUGGAGAAGAUGCAGGCCGGCAGCCCGGAGAAGGGCUCCUCCUCGGCGCAGGAGCUCAAGGAGCAGGGCAACCGCCUGUUCCUCUGCCGCAAGUACCAGGAGGCCGCUGCCUGCUACAGCAAAGCCAUAAACCGGAAUCCCUCAGUAGCAGUCUACUACACUAAUCGGGCAUUGUGCUAUGUGAAGCUACAGCAGUAUGAUAAGGCACUGGCUGACUGCAAACACGCACUAGAGCUCGAUAGCCAAUCAGUCAAGGCGCACUUCUUCCUGGGGCAGUGCCACCUGGAGCUGGAGAACUAUGAGGAGGCCAUCGGCAACCUGCAAAGAGCGUACAACCUGGCGAAAGAGCAGCGUCUGAAUUUUGGCGAUGACAUUCCGAGCGCUCUGCGCAUCGCUAAGAAAAAGCGCUGGAACAGCAUGGAGGAGAAACGGAUCAGCCAGGAAAACGAGCUGCACGCCUAUCUCACCAAACUCAUCCUGGCUGAGAGGGAGAGGGAAAUGGAGGCCUACAGAGAGAAGCAGGUGGACGACAAUCAGAUCGACAGUGAAAUCAGCAAGAUCAAAUCCAAACACGAUAAAUAUCUGAUGGACAUGGAUGAGCUCUUUGCUCAAGUGGACGAGAAGAGAAAGAAGAGGGAGAUUCCAGACUAUCUUUGUGGGAAAAUCAGCUUUGAACUGAUGAGGGAGCCUUGCAUCACACCCAGUGGCAUCACCUACGACCGCAAAGACAUAGAGGAACAUCUACAGCGUGUGGGACAUUUUGACCCGGUGACCCGUAGUCCUCUGACCCAGGAUCAGCUGAUCCCUAAUCUGGCCAUGAAGGAGGUGAUCGAUGCCUUCAUCCAGGAGAACGGCUGGGUGGAGGACUACUGAGCACACACACACACACACACAGACAGACAGACAGACAGACAGACAGACAGACAGACGACAGACUGACGGAUGGACGGACAGGACGGGAGGAGUGUGAGAGUAGAACAGAGUGGCCUCCUGUAUGUAUGUGUGCACUUUAAGCAGGAGGAACCUCACCAUGAAACAGUCCUUUAAACUGCUGGAGUCUCUCAGGUCUCCUGCCUUUUCUCUCUCUCUCUCUCUCUCUCUCUCUCUCUCUCUCUCUCUUUCUUAAUCUCUGUCUCUCUAGCCGUGAACUCGUCGUGUUUGUGCCACAGACCUGCAUCCAUGCUUUCAAAACAAGGGUUGUGGGGCUUCUCUCUCUCUUUUUCUCUCUCUCUCUCUCUCUCUCUCUCUCUCUCUCUCUCUCUCUCUCUUCUAUUCUGAUGUAGUGUUUUCUCAGUGUGAACUGGAUUAAGGUAAAUAGUACAUACUUUAUUUGGCCACCAGUAAACCAUUAAACGAUGCUCCCUCUCUCUCUCACAUGCACACAUACAUGUCUCUCUUUCUCCCUCAGAGCUCACUGCAGAACAGAAAUCUUUUUCUCUUACUAGAAAUCUUGCCAGAUUUGUCCGUGGAUUCUCUGCAGUCAGAGUCCGAAUGGUUGGAUGAUGCUAUAAAAAACACCAAAUUAAACAAAAAAAGAUGACCUGCCAGAUGUUUUAAGAGGAAAAAUCCUGGGAAACCUCUUUUGUUGUGUCCAUUUUCAGCGUGGAGGUGGUGAAUGUGUGUUUGGCGUUUGUGUCUUACUGCUAGAGCUUUAUUACCCAAGUUUAGUCUCGCGGAGCCAGACGGGAUCACGUAAGAAGAACACACGUCUGGGGACAGCUUAAAUUUUUGGUGCUGGAUUGCAGUGAAAUCUGAAAGGGUACAAGGAUACGCCCCCUCUAAACCCCGCCCCCAGAGCUUUUUAAACAUCUAUAACACAAUCAAUAAUGCGAGCAAAGCAAGGUAGCUAAGGUAGCUUUUACCUUAAUGUUUAUUUUUCAGUAGGGACGCACCGAUAUGGUACGGAGCCCCGCUGGUGACAUCCUGUAUAAAUAAACAUAAUGUGUGGCCAUGACGUAGUAAGGCAUAGGAACAAGAUAAUUAAGGUGUGGCCAUGACUCAGUAAAGCAUGGGAACGAGAUCCUAAUGCGUGGCCACAACUUAGUAAGGCAUGAUGUCGAGAUCCUAAGUCGUGGCCACGCAUCUCAUUCCCUUGCGUUAAUAAGGCCACAGCUUAUUUUUAUUUAUAUGGGACGUCACCAGCAGGGCUCCGUAAUAUGGGAAUUGUGGGCCGAUGCUAAUAUGUGACUUUGUUCAUGUAUGUACUGUUGUAUGCAAAAGUUUGUGCACCCCUUUUGAAAUGAUAUUUUGUUGAAUUUCUAAGUGAACACGUCCUCUACAGAGAACACACUUACGCACAUUUUAACUCACACUUACUGUUUAUUUAAUGAAUUCAACAUUUUGGGUGGGGUGGGUGUCUCUUAUUUAGGUCUGUUCCUGUACAUGACAUGUUUUGCAUUUAUAUAUCGCUGCUGUCGGAACAAAACCUCGUACAUCCAUGUUUUAACGUUUUUCAGUUUUUAACAUAAUUUGAAAAUUACUCUUGUUCUUUACAUUGCAUGUAAAUUUCGUGAUGAAUGGACCAAAACAAAUGGCCCAAAAUUGCUUGGAAAAAGUCUGGUUCCAUUGACUCACAUUAAAAGUAGAGUAUGUUUUUUCCUUCUCCUUUAAAGUUACCAUUUUGGAGAUACGAUGUUUUGUUCCGACAGCAGCGAUACGACUGUUGCUGUUGAUACUGAUACAUAAACAUUUAUAAGAUGUAGAAAUUGGGACUAAACUUACCUGGAUUAGCAGGUGUUAUCAAAUAUCACUCAGAUCUGAACUUCUGUCAGAUGCUUAUACUUUGUUUUAAGCGUCGCAAAUUUUUAUCAUGUAAUGUGUUCUGCAUACCCAUCUACAUGCUUAUCGUAGAAACUGGCAGGUCUUUUCAGCCGUGCUAACUUACAUUACAUCCAUGGGCGAACGACAGUCUGCUAACGACAGUCUUCUAACGACAGUCUUCUAACGACAGUUGACAAACCCACCACCAGUUCCUUCAUUUGGUGUUGACUUGGUUUUGAAAUUUCAACCUCAAUUGGUUCCCAGUCUAAGAAGUCUACGUUCUCACCCGCUUUCAGCCCAAUGGUCCUCAUGCUUGUCCCCAGACGUUCUCAUCACAAGAUCAUGUCCGGCCCGUCGAGACUGAGUGACAUAAUGUUCAUUAUACAGACAUUGCAUAAGUAGAGUUAAUGAGAUUGUUAGGAAGGGUUACGAAUGUUGGCUGAAGUUGCCGUGGUGUGUCUGAGAGUUUUCGCUUGGAAACUGUUGCUGUGGGUGAUUUUCUUUAAGCUGUACAUUUUUAUAUAUACAUACUCGCACAACAGUUCUAGCCUCCAGAGAUCCAGUACCUCGCUGUGUAUCCAAUCAAACUGUGGUAGAUUUCGACCAAUCAGGGGAAGGGGGAGGAGCCUAGGAAUCAGCAACAACAUGCAAUCAUUACUAAUGCUAUGUUACAGACCAUACCUCUGCUUUGCUGUGUGUGUGUGUGUGUGAGAGAGAGAGAGAGAGAGAGAGAGAGAGAGAGAGGUGUGGUGUGUAAGUCAGUCCGGUUUUAGUCUGUAAAGUUUGGUUACCCUUUUCUGUUUGACUGUAUUAGAUGCUUCACUUUUAAUUUGUCCCGAACACACAAACUCACAUUAUUUUUUUUUAUAUUAUUUUAUUUUAGUCUCGGUGUCUGGCUAGGUUAGCCGUUAGCUAGAAAGGUCUUUAAAGGUCUUUAAAGCUCUUUAGCUGUCGAUGAAGCUGUUACUGGCUACAGCAAGUAUUCAGUCGAGAAGAGGAACAUUUGGACGCAUGUUAAAUAAAUCUUAUUUUUUCUAAAAA